GCUUGUUAGCUGUGUGCGUGUCAUUUUGCCCCACCGAAACGGAAUCCGGAUUGUUUUGCGCUAAAAUGGACAAAGUUAAUGAAAAUGUACGCGAAAAGAAGCACAUUAAGCUGGGAGAGAUUGACUCGGGCCCCAUCCUUAUCGCCCUGCUGCUCGGCUUCAUUGCUGUGGCGAUCUUUGUCAUUUUGCGACGACGCUCGACCGGCCGCAGGGACUUUCUCCUAACUGGGCUGUGUGAGUCCGGCAAGAGUGCUAUAUUUAUGCAGCUGCUGUAUGGCAAGUUCCCGGAGACCUUUACGUCCAUCAAGGAGAAUGUGGGCGACUAUCAGGCGGGCGGACACUCAUCUGUUCGUCUCGUGGACAUACCCGGACACUACCGCGUGCGGGACAAGUGCUUCGAUCUGUACAAGCACAAGGCAAAGGGCAUUGUUUUUGUCGUGGACUCGGUGACGGUGCAAAAGGAUAUACGGGAUGUGGCAGACAAUCUGUACACCAUUCUGACGGACAGUGCCACCCAGCCCUGCUCUGUGCUGGUGCUGUGCAACAAGCAGGACCAGACGACGGCCAAGAGUUCGCAGGUCAUCAAGAGUCUGCUCGAAAAGGAGCUGCAUACCGUGCGGGACACACGCAGCCGCAAGCUACAAUCCGUGGGCGAUGAUGAUGUGAACAAGCCCGUGAUGCUGGGCAAGCCUGGCAGGGAUUUCGAAUUUGGCCACAUCUCGCAGAAUAUUCAAUUUGUGGAAUCAUCCGCCAAGGAUAAUGAACUGAAUACCCUGACCAACUGGAUGUCUCGCAUCAUGUGAACACCCUCAGCCCGAGAGAGAGAUUAAGAGAGUGGGGACUGAGACCUAACCUUUGAAUCCUAAAACAAACGAAUGCGGAACAACACCCACAGCAACAACAUAACACAAUGAUAUUUAUAUAAAGUUUAGCUACCCUUUUUUUAUAUGCUCCCUCAAAUCGUAUGCCAUGCGAGUAAUUCCCCUAUUAUAAUGUUAGAUUUUCCACACCCUUUGGCCAUUUCUUUUCGUACUACUGCUGCCUCGCAAGGGCUAUUCUUAGGCUUUAAAUUGGAAUAUUUUAUCGAAGUAAUAAGUACUUAAAAUAUUGUAAUUAUGCUG